AUGGAAAAAACGACGAGAUUACAUAUACUUGAAGAAAAGUGGGAAGAAAAACUACUCCGACAAUGCAAAAAACUCAAGAGAAUGCAAUCUCAUCCACUGCAUACAAGCCUGAGAGAUCCUACCAAGAACAGACUCAAGAGACAGAGCAUAAAUCACAUCUCCAAAAUACUUCAGAGACAACAUGCAGAAUCCUUGCCACCACUAGACCAACAGGGCGAACCACUCCAGGACUAUGAAGACUGGGAAACUGAAGACUUUACCACCAUCAUAGACCUGCCAGGAGUUGGUAACAAGGAGGAACACACAGAGGCAGAACUCAAAGCCCUUACCCUCGAGGUGUUGGACAGGGAUUACCACAGAGAUUCCUGGAUCCAAGUCUAUACAGAUGGCUCUGCUGAAAAUGCUGUCAAAAAUGGAGGAGGGGGUGUUUUUAUCAGAUAUGUUGAUGGAAGCUUCACAUCGAAGUCCAUCGCAACUGGAUAUCUCUCCACCAACUUCAGAGCUGAGGCAUGUGCACUACUUGAAGCAGCUAAAGUACUAAACUUACAAGACAAACUGUCUCCCAAAACCGUUUUCCUUACAGACUGCAGAUCUCUACUACAGAGCCUCCAGACACAUUGUGGCGAACAUAUCCUGUUGAAUAUCAGGAGGGAACUUCAAGAUAUGCCAAAAAGAACAGACAUAAUCCUUCAAUGGAUACCAUCCCAUUGUGGCGUGCCAGGCAAUGAAGAAGCAGACAGGCACUCAAAAACAGGAAGCAAACGUCAGCAGGUAUCUCAACCCACAUCAUACUCGGAGGUGAAAACCAUCAUAAAGAACCGCUUUAACACCAACUGGAAGAUACGGAUGGAAGUGGAAAAAGAGGAUAACCUUGAGUCACUGGACAGAACACAGCAAGUAAUCAUCUUUAGAAUGAGGACUGGCCACUGUCGCCUGCUCUCCCACCUCUAUAGACUCAGACUUGCCCACAUUGAUGAAUAUCCCUGUGGUACUGAUGCCCAAACGCCUGAACACAUUCUUCAGUCCUGUCCAUCAUAUAGCACCCUGAGACAAGAAGCCUGGCCGUAUCCGGUGGACCUAAAAGAGAAACUUUGGGGACCGACGUCGUCCCUUCGACGGACAGCAGACUUCCUGGUGAGAACAGGACUGGAAGUCUGA